AUGUCUGCUGAACAUCCUGACUUGAACAGGAGCGGCAACCAAGCCAACAGUAACGAUGUCUCCAUGUCCGACGGUGACUUUGCGUCAUCCGGCUCCCCGGGAGACGUGGACAUGUCCGAGUCCGCCGUAUGGUCCGGCACAGAGGCGGCGCUGCUUGCGAGCGAGAGCACGCCGCGCGCAAGGUCGGCAAGUGUAGCGCCAACCGAGACCUCGAACGAUGGUGGCCAUCCACGAGAGUUCACUUUCGUGUUGUCCCAGCCCGAAACCACCCGCGCGCAAAAGCGGGCACGGAGUGCGACACCUGCUACAGGCAGGAAGCUGACGCCGUCGCAGAGCGUCCAGCUGGAGCAAAAUCAUCGUCUCAGGAGGACGCUGGCGCAAAGGAACUCGACCCUGAGUGCCACCUCUCGGAGUAUGAUGGAGCUGAGGACGAGGACCCAGGAGAUGGACGCCGCCACGCGAGAUAGGCUGGUCGAGGCGAACAAGGAACUUGAGACGUUGAAGGAGGACUUAGCCAAAAAGGACGAGUUGGUGCAGGAGCUGCAGAGCCGGGUUUGCGUCGCUGUAACGAAGAUGGAAGAGAUGGAGGCAAAGAUGGAGACACGGUACGAACUCCUCAUUACGGGUGAGGGAAAGAAACUCAACCAGGCUAUACAGCAACUGGAGACCGCCAGACAAGCAACGGUCGCGGGCGACACCACCUCGCCUGCACCUCCGGUCAAAGACCCGUCGGUCCCGUCUUCAACGACGCCACUGAUCGAACCAGCUCCACCAUUGACGACAUCGCCAAUCGAACCAGCCCUACCAUCGACGACACCGCCAGCCGAGCCACCUCGGCCAACAGAUGCGGAUGGGAUGAACACUGGCAGACAGUCGGAACCAGGCCCACCACGUACAAGCUCAGGUCAUAGGUCGUCCAAGGGGCCACCCGCUGGCACCUCAAGGAUAUAUGAGUGGGAAGACACGGUGGUUGGGCGAGCAUCGAAGGACAGGGCCGCGGCCAAACGAUAUAAGACGUCCCUGGAGCUCGAGAUAGACGAGAUGAAGGGGCCACGUCGUCUUUUUCAGCUCGUUUUCGAGAACGUAAUCGGAGUCGGGAUGGACAAGGAUGCGAUCCAGUUGAUCGCACCCCCGGAAGCAGUAGUUAAUGCAUUCCUGGAUGGUUCGACCGACGGCCCAACGGAGGCAGACUUUGUCAACUACGCGUUCACCGACAUCUCGCCCGCCGACAACACUUGGAACCGCGCAGUAUGUGCUAUCCUCGCGCGGAAAUGUAUGGGGAGGCAGGAUUCAGAGAUAUGGCAGGUUGGUAAACCUCUUCAACGGAUACCAGUCGCAACCUUCCUGUAUUGGGAGGACGCCGUUUACCACAAGUGGAUGCGCUUGCGAACGGAGUGGAUGAAGGCGAGACCUCGCUUGGUGCAGGAUCCCAAUGAACGGACAUGGAGGCACGAGACGACUGCCAGGGGGGCAACGGGAAGGGAUAGCAAACGAGAUACGCGGUUGCGCAAGGACGCGAAGGAUGAGGGCGAUGCAAAUCGCAAGCGAACUAGAAGAAUGGCAGCUGUGUGGAAGGCGGCCGAGACUACCCUCGAUAGGCUCGGUAUUGAUGGAAUGAGUUCCGAUGAAUCCGACCUCGACGAAGACAUGCAUGUGGCAUAUCUCAAACCAAGCGUCAUGCUUUGGCGCCGUGACAUGGAUGCAUUCCUAGACGCCAUCGAUAGCUACCGCUUCGAAGGGGGAGGGGCAUUUGCGAACCAAGGCACUAGACCGCUCCCUCGUCGCCGAUCUGACAGAGCUACGGCGUGGUUGAAGGGUGCUCAUCCGCAGGCUGACGAUAUCCGCGUUUCGAAGCGUGAGCCCGUGAAGGGUUUGACGCGAUCGCUCUAUGACGCAGCGUACUUGGAAGAGCAUAGCGAAGCGUACAUCAACGAAGUCCUGUGUCCCACAGAAGAAGAAUGGGCUUUAGUAAAUGUUCUUCCGUUCGGGAAUUGA